AACUUCUCUCUCCUCCCUCUCUCUCUCUCUCUCUCUCUCUAGCUCUCGCUCGCUCGCUCGCCAAUGGCGUUUUCCGCAGCAGCCAUCAGCUGCCGCCCUCCUCUCCGCGCCGCGCCCGGUUGCUCGACGGCGGCGGCGGCGACGGCGACGGCGACGGCGGUGUCCUUCCCUGGCGGUCCGGUUUCCCUCCGAUUGCGCAGCUCCGGCGCCGGCCGGAGGAGGAGCGCCCCGAUUCGAUCGGCUUCCGUUUCGGCUGCGCCAGCUUCUGAACAGCUGAAGCCUGCCAUCUCCCUCACAGACAAUGCUCUGAAGCACUUGAACAGGAUGAGAUCUGAGCGCAGUGAAGAUUUAUGUCUCAGAAUUGGUGUCAGACAAGGUGGAUGCUCUGGCAUGUCUUACACAAUGGACUUUGAGAACAGGGAAAAUGCAAGGCCUGAUGACUCCAUAAUUGAAUAUAACGGUUUUGUUAUAGUUUGUGAUCCAAAGAGCCUUCUCUUCUUGUAUGGAAUGCAGUUGGACUACAGCGACGCUCUGAUUGGUGGAGGCUUUUCAUUUACAAAUCCAAAUGCUACCCAAACAUGCGGUUGCGGCAAAUCCUUUGCUGCAGAGAUGUAAGUUAUGCAGAAAAAGCAAACUGAAUUUUAUGUUAAAAUUAGCUCGCUAGUGAACAUGCACCCUGUGGAUGAUUGAACUCAACCUCUUGGUUGAAGAUAGUUGUUACAGCUCUAGUGUAUCUAAUGUUAAAUAAAUUAUAAAGUCUUUAUCCCCGUGACUCCUUGGAAAACUUUCCCAUUUAGCUGCACGUAUUGUCUCUGUAAGCUCACUAAAGCUGAACCAGUCAAAGGCAACUGGGAACUUGGAUUGGUUGUGGUAAAGCAAUGAACCCACAUGAAACCAGUUCCAGAUCCUGAAAUAUCAUCUUCUGCCCUUGAAACAAUGAGAACCUAUGUAAUGGAAAUAAUUGUUAGCU